AUGCGCUUAUUUUUAGAUCAGUAUUACACUAGCAAAAUUUACUUUAUGAAAUCUAAAAGAGUGUCUGGUCAGAGGCUGGAGGAUAAAGAAGGGGACAAUCUUGAUGCUAUCCAUGACAUAACUGUGGCAUACCCCCAAAACAUUCCUCAGACGGAGAAGCACCUUUUGAAUGGAAACUUCCCAAAAGAGAUUCACUUCCACGUCCAGAGGUAUCCCAUAGAGACAGUGCCCACUUCCAAGGAGGAGCUGCAGCUCUGGUGCCGGAAGCGUUGGGAAGAGAAAGAGGAGAGACUCCGACACUUCUAUGAAGGUGGAAAGUGCUUCAGUGUGGCAGGGCAGAGCGUUGUUCCACCCUGCAAAUCUGAGCUCAGGGUCCUCGUCGUUAAGUGUGUCUCACUCCUGUAUUGGACAGUGUUCCCACUGGGUAUGCUUGCACUGCUGUACCUGUACAGCUUUGCACGAUGGUAUUUUGCAACCAUGAUCAUCUUUUUUGUUGUGCAGCAAAAGAUAUUUGGCGGGCUGGAACUAAUUGAACUCGCUUGUCAUCGAUAUUUUAAAAAGCAACAGAAAUUUGACUUCAUGAAAAUAAAGACCAAUUAG